AGGAAUAAAUAAACGCAAAUACACAUCAAAAUACUUCAAAAAUUAAUUUAACGAAAAUUCAAUUCCACAAAUUUCUAUGGAAACCUAUUAGAAAUGAUUUCGUUCUACUGGCGACGAAUUUUUCUCGGAAAAAUAAUACUUUUCGUGUUCCUCUUGGUCGUGGGCUUCUAUUUGAUGCUUUUGAGGCUUACCGAACUACCGUUAAUGCGAGGCACCUUCCGAGAUGCCAAUCGUUUCGAGCGGCCUCGCUUUCGUUUGCAGCAGAAUGGAAAUUAUUGGAUCGUGCACGACUACAUAGUGGCACGGAGCUCGGAGCUGCACGGCAAUCAAAGUGUGACAUUGACCAGCCAUGGCAGAUACGAUGACCUCAAGGAUCUCGAGUGGUUGAUGCUGCGCUGGCGCGCACCCAUCAGUCUGGCCGUCUUUGUGGAUGAGGAUGACUUUGAGCCCACUUUGUACAGUUUUAAUCACAUAAAGUAUUGCACGAUUUAUGGCCAGAGCUUCACGAAAUGGGUAUCCGUGCAACUGAUCCUUGAAAAUCAACAUCUAACGGAUGAGGUGCGCCGCAUGGAACCGCAUCGAGCACGCGGCUUUAAAUGCCUUUCACAAUCGGAAAUGGAUGCCAAAUUUAUGCCAUCCAUUGAUAACAAUGGCAGGUGCAAGUAUCCCAUGAAUUUGCUCAAGAAUGUGGCACGUCAAAAUGCCCGCACAUAUUUUAUAUUUGCCCUGGAGCUCAAUUUGCUGCCGACACGAAAUUUUGCUAAAAUUUUUCUGGAAUUUGCACAUGCAGCGCAGCUGCCGAACCCCCUUCGCAGCGUCUUUUGUGUGCCCAUUUUUCCCUACAACAGCAACAGCCAACAUCCCAUACAUCCGCCCAAAUUUAAAUCCGAUCUAGUCGGUUAUGUUGAGGCAUAUCUCAAUGAUUCCGAAACUCUGCCUGCCCUGGAGUACAACAGAUUGAAAGGUCUUGAAAGUUGGCUUCACAGCACCUUCAUGGCGGAUGAAAUGGGCGUUUAUCAAGUGGAAAAAUCACCCGAAAAUUGUGCUGUCUAUGUGAGUGCCAAUUUGUAUGAGCCGUUCUACGAUCAGAGAGUUUUGGAAUCCCCCUACACAACGGAUAGCACAAGGCUGCAAGUUCUCAGUGGCCUAGAGUUUGAUUUUGUUUUAAUGGAUGGUGCCUUUCUACUGCAUCGCCUCAACUUUAAUAAAUCGUCUAGGGUGAGGAGUAACCACGAGUAUAUGUCACCAGAUCAGGUUCACAUUCGCGAAAUGAUCAUGUUGAGCGAUCUGACGCUCUGGCCAAACUUUGUUUGAUGUUUUUUAAUUUUUUUAAUUUUUAAUUUUUUAAUUGAAUUAAAGAAU